CUUGCACUGUCACGCUCGCCUGCACUGCCUGUGUUUAGCAUCUCAUCAAGGCUCAAUAUCUCAUUAAAUUCUGGAUUUAGAGCUAUGUCUGGAGACCACAUAUAAUAGUUUUUCAUGAAAAAUUGAGAUUUUAUUUGAGAUAAAUUUUUUGAUGAUUCUUAAAGUAGCUUAGAAAACUCGUUCCAAAACUAAUAUUACCCGCUGUCCUUUUCCCAAAAGCUUAUGCCGUUACCCACUUCACUGUGCCCGCGCAAGGAGAGAGGCGAGAGCAAUGCAUAUUUUCCUGCUCACAAAUCCUAACCCUAAUCUCAAUUUCCCACCAGCUCUGUGCAAUAUCACCAAUCCGGCUCGCUCAAGUUUCUCCUCUCCGAUCAUCGGAGCAACUGGCAGCCCCCUCCUUCCGACAGCGAGACCCAUAUCGCCGUGCGUGAAAGCGUUGAGCUCCGAGAUGGAUCUUCUUGAUGACAGGCGCUCGCACACCUUGAUGGAGUAUUUCGGGAAGACAGGGGCCGAUGUCGGGGACGAUAUGGCUAUCUUGAUCGCCCAUCUAGAGUACGCCUGCAAACGAAUUGCGGCAUUGGUUGCUUCUCCCUUCAACUUGGAACUCGGCAGAAGGCCAGCCCAUGGAGAAGUUGGGUUGUCAUCUUCAGGCAGGGACGCCCCCAAACCGCUCGAUAUAGUAUCGAAUGAUAUCAUUCUAUCCUCACUUAGAAGUUCAGGAAAAGUUGCUGUCAUGGCAUCAGAGGAAGAUAAUCUUCCAGUUUGGAUUACUGAUGAUGGACCAUUUGUGGUUGUAGUUGACCCUCUUGAUGGUUCUCGUAAUAUUGAUGUUUCUAUUCCAACUGGUACAAUAUUUGGGAUCUACAAUAGGCUUGAAGAAUUGGAUCACCUCCCCAUUGAAGAGAAAGUGCAGCUUAAUGCCCUCCAAAGUGGGAAUAGACUUGUUGCUGCUGGCUACGCUUUAUAUUCAUCUGCUACGAUUUUAUGCCUUAGCUUUGGGUCAGGAACUCAUGCUUUCACCUUGGAUCGUUCAACUGGAGAUUUUGUUCUCACACAUCCCUGCAUGAGAAUUCCACCUCGGGGACAAAUUUAUUCAGUGAAUGAUGCCCGAUACUUUGAUUGGCCUAAUGGGUUAAGGCAAUACAUUGACACGAUUAGACAAGGUAAAGGGCAGUUUCCUAAGAAGUAUUCUGCUCGGUACAUUUGUUCACUUGUGGCUGAUUUCCACCGGACUCUUAUAUAUGGAGGGAUAGCAAUGAAUCCAAGGGAUCAUCUUCGCUUAGUUUAUGAGGCAAAUCCUCUUAGUUUUCUCGUCGAGCAUGCUGGAGGCAGAGGAUCUGAUGGCAAAACAAGGAUUCUUUCAAUCCAACCAGUUGAGUUGCACCAAAGGCUUCCCCUGUUUUUAGGGAGCUUGGAUGACAUGCAUGAACUUGAAAGUUAUGAUAAUAUUCAGCAGAAAGUUAACCCCGGAUAUGAAGUUUGAUGAUGAAAGAAUCAGCUUGGUCUACAUAAGAAGGGACAUUUAUUAACUGAGGUUGUCUGUAUAGCUUGGGUUAACUAAAUCUGAAUGCAAAGAAAUCUGUAGGAUUGGCUCAUCUAUUAUUCUCGAUGCUAGAUCUUGUACGUUUUAUUCAUAGAUAUACAGAUGAAUGUGGUGUUUUUUUUUCAACUUAAUUCCAAACUGUUGCAGCUAUGGUUGAUGCUUAAUUUCACAAGUUGUGAUUGGAGAUAGCAGUGAAACAGUAAUUAUGAAAUAAUUCCGGAUACUAUGGAAAAUGAUGUAUUUGGUUUCA